CCCGGGAGCGGCGGGGAGGCGGCGGCUCCGGCUCCGCAAACUUUCCCGGAGCGGCGGCGGGGCCAUGGGCCGCGGCCCGCGCUGAGCACCAUGAUCGCGGCCGGGGGCUGCCUCGGCGYCGGGCUGCUGCUGCUGCUGCUGCUGCUGGCCGCCCUCUGCCCCCCCGCCGCCGCUGAAGUCUGCACCGGCACCGACAUGAAGCUGCUGCGUCCCUCCAGCCCCGAGAGCCACUACGAGACCCUGCGGCACCUCUACCAGGGCUGCCAGGUGGUCCAGGGCAACCUGGAGCUCACCUACUUGCCCACCGGCGCCGACACCGCUUUCCUCAAGGACAUCAAGGAGGUGCAGGGCUACGUGCUGAUCGCGGAGAACCGAGUGAGCGGGCUGGAGCUGCAGAACCUGCGCAUCAUCCGCGGCACGCAGCUCUUCCAGGACCGCUACGCCCUGGCCGUGCUGGGCAACGCCGGCCCCGCCGGGGAGCCGGGGCUGCGCCAGCUCGGCAUGAGGCAGCUCACGGGUGGGGUGCUCAUCGAGAGGAACCCCGAGCUCUGCUUCCAGGAGACCAUCCUGUGGAGCGACAUCCUCCACCGGCACAACGAGUUCCGYGGCGACAUCCAGGUGGAGAGCACCCGCACCCGCAGCUGUCCUGACUGCCGGGCGCUCUGUGCCGAGGGGCACUGCUGGGGCGAGGGGAAACAGGACUGCCAGACGUUGACCAACAGCAUCUGCCACGGCUGCCCACGCUGCAAAGGCACCAAACCCACGGACUGCUGCCACGAGCAAUGCGCCGCCGGCUGCACCGGCCCCAAGCACUCCGACUGCCUGGCAUGCCUGAACUUCAACCGGAGCGGGAUCUGCGAGCUGCACUGCCCUCCCCUCGUGGUCUACAACUCGGACACYUUCGAGUCGAUGCCCAACCCCGACGGGCGCUACACCUUCGGUGCCAGCUGUGUCAGCCAGUGUCCCUACAAUUACCUGGCCACCGAGGUGGGCUCCUGCACCCUGGUGUGCCCCCAGAACAGCCAGGAGGUGACGGUCAACAACGUGCAGAAGUGUGAGAAGUGCAGCAAACCCUGUCCGGAGGUGUGCUACGGGCUGGGAGUGGAUUUCUUGAAGGGCGUCCGCGCCGUCAACGCUUCCAACAUCCACCACUUCUCCGGCUGCACCAAGAUUUUCGGGAGCUUGGCUUUCCUGCCCGAGACCUUUGCUGGGGACCCCAGCACCAACACCCCACCCCUGGACCCCAAACUGCUGCGGAUCUUUGAGAGCCUGGAGGAGCUGACGGUGCUAAUUGACCCCUCAGUGCUGAUUUCCCCCCCUGCAGAGAGCGAGGGGCUGGUUUGCUUUCACCUCUGCGCCCAGGGACAUUGCUGGGGUCCCGGUCCCACCCAGUGCGUGGCGUGYGAGCGGUUCCUGCGCGGCCAGGAGUGCGUGGCCUCCUGCAACCUCCUGGAGGGAACCAUCCGGGARCACGCCAACGGGACGCGCUGCCUGCCGUGCCACCCCGAGUGCCAGCCCCAGAACGGCACCGAGACCUGCUUCGGAUCGGAUCCAGACCAGUGCGUGGCCUGUGCCCACUACAAGGACGCCCAGCAGUGCGUGCGGCGCUGCCCCAGCGGCGUCAAGGCCGACGCCUCCUUUGUGCCCGUCUGGAAAUACCCCGAUGAAUUUGGGGUGUGCCAGCUCUGCCCCACCAACUGCACCCACUCGUGCACGAUCCGGGAUGAGGACGGGUGCCCCGUGGACCAGAAGCCAAGCCAGGUGACGUCCAUCAUCGCCGGCGUGGUGGGAGCCCUGCUGGUCAUCGUCCUGCUCCUCAUCACCGUCAUCUGCGUCAAGCGCCGGCGGCAGCAGGAGCGCAAGCACACCAUGCGGCGGCUGCUGCAGGAGACCGAGCUGGUGGAGCCACUGACGCCCAGCGGGGCCCUCCCCAACCAAGCCCAGAUGAGGAUUCUCAAGGAGACGGAGCUCAAGAAAGUCAAAGUUUUGGGUUCUGGCGCUUUUGGCACCGUCUAUAAGGGCAUCUGGAUCCCCUGCCUCCUGGACUACGUGCGGGAGAACAAGGACCACAUCGGCUCCCAGGACCUGCUCAACUGGUGUGUGCAGAUCGCCAAGGGGAUGAAUUAUCUGGAGGAGGUGAGGCUAGUGCACCGGGAUUUGGCCGCUCGCAAUGUCCUCGUCAAGAGCCCCAACCACGUCAAGAUCACCGAUUUUGGGCUGGCCCGGCUGCUCGACAUCGACGAGACCGAGUACCACGCCGAUGGUGGCAAGGUCCCCAUCAAGUGGAUGGCACUGGAGUCCAUCCUGCGCCGGCGCUUCACGCACCAGAGCGACGUCUGGAGCUACGGUGUCACCGUGUGGGAGCUGAUGACGUUUGGGGCAAAGCCGUACGAUGGGAUCCCAGCCCGGGAGAUCCCAGACCUGCUGGAGAAGGGCGAGCGGCUGCCGCAGCCGCCCAUCUGCACCAUCGACGUCUACAUGAUCAUGGUGAAAUGCUGGAUGAUCGACUCCGAGUGCCGGCCCAAGUUCCGCGAGCUGGUGGCCGAGUUCUCCCGCAUGGCCCGCGACCCGCAGCGCUUCGUGGUCAUCCAGAAUGACCUGGUGGGGCUGCCUGGCUCCAUGGACAGCACCUUCUACCGGGCACUGCUGGACGAGGAGGACAUGGACGACCUGGUGGAUGCUGAGGAGUACCUGGUGCCUCACCACGGCUUCUUCAGCGCUGACACCUCCACCACCUACCGCAGCCGCAUCUCCUCCAUGCGGAGCACGGCAGAGUCUCCAGCCAAGAUGGAGGAGGGCGAGGGUUUGGGCUCCUUCCCCUUCCCUGCCCAGGGCCUGGCAGAGGGGCUGGAGGGCCCUGUCCCAGAGGUGCCAGAGGGGGACAAGGUGGCCCUGCAGAGCCCCCCGGGCCGGGAGCCCGGGACCCUGCCCCGGUACAGCGAGGAUCCCACCGGGCUGGCGGCCGAGGAUGGAGAGGACCCCGAGGGUUUCACCGUCCCAGCCCCACACAGCACCAUGCCAGAGUACGUGAACCAGGCCGGGGAGCGUCCCCCCCGCACGCCCCCGUCCCCGCUGGACAAGCCCAAAGGGCACCAGGGCAAGAACGGGCUCAUCAARGACCCCAAGAACUCCUUCCCAGGGCCCUUCGGCCACGCCGUGGAGAACCCCGAGUACCUGGCACCCCCCGGCGCCCCCACCCCCGGCCCCUUCAGCCAGGCUUUCGACAACCCCUACUACUGGAACCAGGAUCCCCCCAAGGGUGGGGGUCCCGAGGGUGGCCCCGGCACGACGCCCACAGCCGAGAACCCCGAAUACCUCGGCCUGGCYGGCCCCGACGCCGCGGCCGUGUAGRAAAAAMCCCCCCCAACUUCACCGAGGCAGCUCAGGGAGGGACGAGCCACAGCUGCAGGGCUGAGGGUCCGUCCCUUCUGCCCGGGGUGGCACCGGCCACGGAGGGCUGGGAGAGCCCAGGACGCUGUGGGACGGCGCAGCAGCAAAGAGUGGGGACAGAGGGGUCACCCUCGGUGGCACUGGCGGGGGUGGCACCUGGAGAGCUCGGACCCAGCACGGCCUGGAGAAGGACAGACCCUCUGCCAUCCCCCWCCCCGUUCCAGGGCUGUCCCAGUGCCCGGGACACGUGGACUUGCACUGAGAGCAGCUGGACUGAGAGCAGUCCCGGCUCCUCCGGGAUUCUUUGGAAGCUCCGGGAUGUAUAUUUGAUUAUUGUACAUUGGUUGUUUUUUCUA